CGCAAUACCCCACUUCUACCACACCUGAUGGCUGAGGCUGGAAAAGAAGAGUAAAUUUCAUCCGGCUUUUGGAUGGCAAAAACCUACGAUUUCUUAUUCAAAUUGCUUCUGAUCGGUGAUUCCGGAGUUGGCAAAACAUGCGUACUGUUUAGGUUUUCCGAAGAUGCGUUCAAUUCGACGUUUAUUUCGACAAUCGGUAUCGACUUCAAGAUACGAACAAUUGAAUUAGAUGGCAAGAAAAUAAAACUUCAAAUAUGGGACACUGCAGGUCAAGAACGCUUCAGAACUAUUACAACUGCUUACUACAGAGGAGCUAUGGGUAUAAUGCUGGUGUAUGACAUCACAAAUGAAAAAUCUUUUGAUAAUAUUAAAAAUUGGAUUAGAAAUAUUGAAGAGCAUGCAUCAUCAGAUGUAGAGAAGAUGGUUUUAGGCAAUAAAUGUGACAUGGAUGACAGACGUCAGGUUUCAAAGACCAAAGGAGAACAGCUUGCAGUUGAGUAUGGUAUCAAAUUCAUGGAAACAAGUGCAAAAGCCAGCAUCAACGUGGAAGAAGCUUUCUACGCUUUGGCACGAGAUAUCAAAGCCAAAAUGGAUAAAAAAUUGGAGGACCAGAACAGGACAACAGGCAGUGUGAAAAUUACAAAUCAACCAAAUAAAAAAUCAAGUAGUGGCUGGAGAUGUAUAUUACUAUAGUACAACUAAAUACUGGAUCAAUGUCAGAGAUCAAAUGAACCAAAAUAUUUGUUAGCUCUCCGCGUUUAAACAAAUAUUUGGUUUCGAGUUUUUGUGCAUAUUUUACAACAAUUUGAUUGGAUUAAGUGGUGUUAGCAUUCAAAUUCUGCAGACUUUUUAUGCUCAGUAUCUAACCAUGAAUAACCGUUGAAACAUUAAAUUUAUAGGCAAUACUUUUUUACAUAAGUGCGAUGUUAUUUUGACAUAAUACACCACCUGUUUGUAAUGUGAAGUGCUCUCUGAUCUUAGACUUGUGUUUAGUAAUCCUUUAUAACAUAACUGUAGUAGUUUAAGUACGGAACUAAUUCGAACUAAUAAAUACCUUUUUGGUGUGAAGAGACAAUGGAAUAGCCAAUAAGGCUCCGGGAAUGAAACAUUCAAUACAGAAACUUCUAUAAAAUAAAAAUUCAUACAAUGA